CCUCCAACAGGAAAACUCACAAAAGAGACAAAGAGAGCAAAUCAGAGACCGUCACAACCUCAAGCAGUAGUAGUAGUAGCAGCAAGAGUUUGAUGCAGCUAGCUAAACUGGUCCAGGCGGGGAGUCUGUCCAUUCCACGUGGUCUGGAUGCAUAUUUUGAUGAUCGACUCUCACUUUUAGAUCAACUCUUCACUAUAUUAACGCAACAGGACAUUCACGGAUUGUUACCCGAUAUAUUAAAGGGUCUCAAAAUGAAAAAGAUCAAAGAACUCUGCCUAAAGGAACUGGAAAAACUAGACAACGAUCAACUUCUAUCCAUCAUAACUGACACACAAGAAGAAGGGAAAGAAAAGGAAGAGAGAGACAGAGAAGACGAGGAGAAAGAGGAAGAGGAGAGAGAGGGAGACAUUGAAGCCGAAGAGAGAAGCAAGCAAGAUACUUUUACUACAUCAUCAGCUCAAGAUCAAUCAUUAUCAGAGGUAGAGGAGGGAGAGAUAUCCCCUCGUUAUGACCACGCCCAGUCUCCACCCCUCUCACCUCCGUCAAUCCACAUCAGUGACGUGAGUGACGAGGAAUACAAAACUCAAGUGUCACAUGAUCAGUCAUGUGACCAAGUGAUUGAGUACGAAAAGGAACAAUCUUUAGACGAGGACCGGGUAUUAAUUGGAAUAAGUACGGACGCCAAAAAUGACGAUAUUCAUUUGAGCAAAAUUAUAAUAGAUAGCGAAAGAGAGAAAAUGGAAGAAGUUGAUGAAGACUGCAAUGAUGAUGAUGAUGAUGAUGAUGAUGGAUGGUCAAAAGAUGUAUCUGAACAGCAGAAGCUUUUAGAAAUGAAAAUACGUAAGAGACUUCUUGAGAACCAAGUCAAGAGACUACAAGAGAGGCCAUUACUUCAACCUGAAGGAACAGAUCAUCAUCAGAAUGUGAAGAAGGGAAUUUAUCCUCAAGAGGUCAAGAGAGGAGAAGGAACUGGUGAUAUUAGUAGUGAUAGUUUGAAUAAUAGUGAAGUACUUGAGAUGAGAAUGAGAGAGAAAGCAUUGAAAUCAUUAUUAGCAAAGAAAGGUGAUGUUUUAUUGUACACAUAGAUAGUAUAUCUAUAUAUGAUAUCAUA